CGGUUGGUGUUUUCACCACAUGUGAGAGAUGUCUUCAGCCGCUCAGGAGUCCACUCUGGUCGGUCUGUGUGAUGGAGAGAUCGACCCUAAAAGACACCGGUCCUCUUAUCUGACCAGUAAAGUCGGGGGUCAGCCGGACUGGUCUCCGGUCGUCUCCCGGACGGUUCCCCGCUGUGGUCGCUGCGGAGCCCCGGUAGUCCAGGUGGUUCAGGUCUACUGUCCCCUGCAUGACUCCCCCUACCACAGGAACCUGCACCUGUUCGCGUGCCCAGCUGCUGGCUGCAGCGGCCGGUCAGACUGCUGGAGGGUGAUCCGCUCUCAGUGUCUGGAGGAGGCGCAGACACCCAGCCGGCCAGCCCCGCCUCAGGAGGCUCCUCUGUCGGCCACUGACUGGUGUGACACCGCUGAUGACUGGGGGAUGGAGGAGGAGGAGGAUGGAUGGGGAGGAGGUGUGAAGAAGAAGGACAGCCAGGAUCAAGAGGAGGCAGCAGCUCCUGAGGCAGAGGGUAGUGCAGCCGGUGAGAUUGAUGUCAGCAGCCAGCUUCAGGAUCUGAGUUUGGGAGAUCCACAGGAGGAUGUUCCUGUCCUUCGUCCGUUCUUCAUCAGUGUGGUGGAAGAGUCGGAUCUGGGCGGAGAGGAAGACGACCUGAAGCACGCUCAGAAGCUGCUGAAGGAGUACGAGAGGAGAGAAGGAGUGGCGGUGGGAGAGCUGGAGGGCGGAGAGGGCGGAGGUGGGGAGGAGAAGUACGAGAAGAUGAGAGCCAGACACGGAGACGCCGUCUUCUCCAGGUUCAUGAAGAAGAUCUCUCUCUGUCCUCAGCAGAUCCUGCGCUACUGCCGCGGCGGGAAACCGCUCUUCAUCUCCGAGCCGCCGUCCAACAUGGCUCAGGUGGUGUCGGCGUGCGGCUCCUGUGGAGGAUCCAGGACUUUUGAGCUGCAGCUGAUGCCGGCUCUGGUCAGUCUGCUGCGGAGGACGGACGACAGCAGCGCUGAGGCAGAGCUGGAGUUUGGGACGGUGCUGGUUUACACCUGCACAAACAGCUGCUGGACGGCCGGAUCAGGAUCAGCUGUGGAGGAGUUCUGCUUUGUUCAGUCAGACCCCGACCAGCAGCUCUUUAAAUGACCCAUCAGGUUAAAGGAACAGUGUGUAACAUCUGGCGGUAUCUAGCGGUGAGGUUGCAGAUUACAACUUCUCCAGUGUGCCAAGCGUGUUGGAGAACUACGGUGGCCAAUGCAAAAAUACCAAUGUCCCUCUCUACAGCCAGUUGUGGAAGUGAGUGGUGAAGCAAGAGAGAGAGAGCGGCAACAGGAGCAAGUUACAUUAUUGACUCCGGUCCAAGCAGGAAAAGUUAACAGUUCUGUUUGUCCGUUCUGGGCUGCUGUAGAAACAUGGCAGAACGAACGUAUAUUGUUAAGAAGUGAAAGUCAAUUAGUCGUUCCAUUCAGCACCCAGCAGAGUUAC